AGCCAGAGCUGAUUACGAGAUUGAGAGAAGCCUUCGCACAGAGGGAAGGAAGAAGAAGGAAGAAGGAAAGAAGGAAGAAAGAGACCAAACUUACAAAACCGGAAGGAUAAGAAUCAGAAAUACAGAAGGAUGUCAUAGAGAGAUAUGGGCUGCGGAAGUAGCACCGACACUCACUCCAGCCAGCAGGGUGGGCCUAUGCAGAGGAGACCACAGACCAAGAACCUGGAUGUCUAUGGAAAUGAAAACAACAAUAUGGAGUCGGCGGCUGAGAGGUCGCACUCGGCCAGAGAGAUCACGUUCGAUCGCUCCACCUUGGAGGAAUACCUCCAGGUCGAGCGUGAGAUCGCCGAGGAGGAGCAGAACAACCCAAUACAACCUCUGGAACUGAAGUCCGACCAGCUGGGGAAACUGACCAACGAGAUCGACCUUUUGGAAGCCCACCUACAGGAACUCGAGAAGCAGACGGAGAAAGAGAAAGCGGAUGUUGAUAUGCUAGAGAACUCUGACGGAGACCUGAAGGCGACUCUGCUGGAGAUGGGGAACUCUUUCGACGAACAGAUGGCCAAGGAGAAGGCUGAAUAUCUGGCUGCCUUGAAUAAGCAGGAGAUCACGGAGAGGGAGCUGGAGACCCAACGGAAGACGAGGGACCAAGUGGCGGAAGAGGUCGCAGAAUUGGAGACGAGAGCACGGAAGCUGCAGAGGCUGUACAAACGUCAUGAUGACCUCAUGGACCGCCUCUUCGGAGGAGAGUAUGGCUCCGCCCUUGAGAACGCCCUGGAAGCGGAACUGGACGAACUGGAAGCCCACAGGUGUCGCAUCAUGGAGGCCAAUUUCAAGUGGCGACAGGCGCAGAUGAUGCUCGAAUACGCUUGCAAGCAACUUGCAGUCGCCGUGCAGAAGUGGCAGGACCUGCCUGCAAUACCGACCAUUGACCUCGAAAUCCGGUACAGCGUGGCCGCCGAGACGAGGAACAAUUUGGUAGCAGCUGGUCAAAAUAUCUCGGGCGCUCAGAGGUACCUCGACAACGUGACCUUCCCCUACUGCGCUCCCAGCGAGGUCGAGACCCUCAACAAAACUCGGGCCUUGGAGAACGGACCAUGCAAGAACACCUACGAAUCACCGUUUGAUAUUAAGAGGGCUACUGAGUACGUCUUCACCGACAUGCAGAGCAAUGAAAGACACCAGCACGCACAGACAUGCUACACGACGACUCACAAGCGCGCCAAUGCUCUUCUGCAGUGGUUCGAUACCGUCAUCAACAACACCAUCAUGAAGGACCUGAACGACAUCAACGAGAGGGUGCAGCAGAAGAAUCUGGCCCUCCGGCGGGAGAGAGUCCGUCUCAUCAAGACCAAGGCCAAAGAACUCUGGGGCACCGACAUCGAGUUAGACGCCACUCUGAGGACCCAGGACCUAGACCUAGAGGCCUACUCGAAAGCUGGUCUCACGGAGGGUGACGUCGUCAAGAUUGAAGGUUCUGAGAUUGAGACCGAUAGAGCAGGCACUCCACCCCCGCUGAGUCAGGAAGAAUUGGCCCCUGUGCCCUCCAACACUGUAAUAUUCGGCAACAUGUACGACCACUACCAAAAGCAACUGGAGAACCUGGCAAAGCAGCACCGGGAAGAGAUGGAUCAGUUCAUGAAGGAGCAAGAGACCAACACCCAGAGGAUCAACGCAAACCUGCAGGACAAACUCAUGGCCCGGAGGCAGCGCAGGGCCAGGAUGAGGGUGGAAGAGGCCCAGAAGAAAGCGCUCACUGCAGGAUAGAAGUUCCGAUCUCGCUGGCUCAUUUACCGAAGGACUUAGAGGGAAUCAACCGACGCUCGUAAACGAAGAGGAGAGAAAGGGAUAGAUAACGGAAAAUUGGACGCCAUAUUUUCUCUCCUCACCCUAAACAAACGUUUAGAAUCUGCGAGGAAGACCUUAUUCUGUCACGUAGAAUUCGGGGAAUUUCUACUGGACAGGAUGUAAGCGCCUGUACUCUACCUCUGCCAAUGUCCACACUGCUGUUCAGUCUACAUACAAGUGUCAUUAACACCACUUGCCAUCAUAUAACUAAAAUGAAACGCACUCCUAACGACCGUAUACGUACUUCGGUGAAGUGUAGAUUCCUCGCAGUAUAUUAAUUUACUUGUUUUAAUAAUUAGCCUCACAAGUUUCUGUAUGGUGAUGUCAACAAACAUAUACACAUAUUUUAAACACCUUGGCAAUUCCAGGUAAGUUUCUCUUUCGACUAAAACGAAACUAUUUGAGGAAAACUAAACCUUAGGCUUAUAACUGUUGAAUUAACUCCUUAAACGUCGAAAAACUUUGGGUAUUGAAAGUAUCUAGGAAAAGUGACCUUUUAACCUGACAUAUAUACAGUUUAUAUCCACAUUGAAAUAUUUUCCUACUCGGCAAAGGAAGAUUAUAAAGGCAAAUUGAUAUAUGGUCGUCGAAAGGUUAUAAAUAUGAACUUCAAAUGUGGAUUGUGAGAUAUAUGUUCAAUCUUUGUUGAAGAUAUUGAAAGAGUGAUGUAAUUGUAAUGUUCAGCUAUAGUGCCAUGUAAGAACAUAGAGAAUAUUUGCAUAGUAUCUAAAUAAACGCACUGCAACGUAGAUUUGCUUCUCUCUCUCUCUCUCUCUCUCUCUCUCUCUCUCUCUCUCUCUCUCUCUCUCUCUCUCUCUCUCUCUCUCUCUCUCUCUCUCUCUCUCUCUCAUUUUUAUUUCACAUUUUACCAACGAAACGAAUAACGCUCAAGGGAAGCUUAAUUUCCUUAAGAGUUCCUGUAGCCGAAAAUUACGUUUAUUGUCGCCCGCUGCUCUGUCUACCUCUUUCUCUCUCUUCCCUCCUUCGUUUUCUCUCUCUAAAAGAGAAAUGUAGGGAAGACGAUAACAUGAUUGUCACUACGUCAUUUCUACGCACCAGGACCUUGCACGUUUGUCCGUAGAAAAUUCAAUUCUAGUGAUGUUUCUCAGUAAGGUCUCGUCAAUUCUGUGAUAGAAGAAAAACAAGAUGAUUGUGUUGUUAUCUGCUCCCGAUACUCUUCAGAAUUUGUGCUCUUUUUCACAUAAGUUCUUAUCCUAUUCAAUUUCUUUUAAGAUGGCGUGUCUUGGAGUGUAUAUUACUUUAAGACUGUUACGUAAGACUCCAAAGAUAUACUAUUUUUAUUAGGCCUAGCUGUGUCUAGCAAAAGGUAGUCUCUCAACUUACCCUCCAGUCUCUGUUAAAUCUUACAAUCUUGUAUAUGUGUUUUUGAUGGUCUAGAACUAAUUGAGUGAUUUCGUCUAGUUCAUUAUCGUUCCUUGCUUGAAAGGGACAUGAACCUUUCACUUGAAAUUAACAAUUAAUCGGUGGUAUCCAAGUCUGCAUCCUUUCGGAUCAUGUGGAGUUUUCUCACGCUUUCCAAAGAGGCAUCAAUCUCUCUCUCUCUCUCUCUUCUCCUCUC